AUGGUUUUGAUUUGUGGCAACCAAAGAAAAAAAUUCGCUCUCUGUCCAAAAGGGAGUUUAAUUUUCUUUAAAGGUGGAUUUAAAUAUAUAUUAAUUUGGGAUGAGUCAAAAAUUGGUAAAAUUUCAUCAGAAUUAUUACAAUUCAUUUCGAAUUAG